UAAAAAUUUCAACGGCAUGGUUUGGCAUCAGCAUGAAAUAACGCAUUUCUAACUGACCGUUAACUGCGCGCUGUCCACGUGAGGAACGUGCAAGAUUUGUAUUAGACAUAGUUUGUAAUACCACAUUCAUAGGUUCUACCAAGUUGCAAUUGGUAACUUGAAUCCGAUCAUCGUAAUGGCGGAUGACCGCAGCCUCCCAUCCAGGUCCGUUGAUGAACAAGAAAUCAAGAACUACAUUACUGAGGCGGAUGAAUUAAAGCAGGAGGGCAAUGAGUCUUUUCGAGCCAGUAGAUGGAGUGAAGCUCUUGUGUCAUAUAGAACUGCUCUGAGUCGACUACCCAGACGACAGAAGCAGCCUCCUUCAGAGAGUCGAUUACAGGACGAUACCUUGGAUCACGGUGGUGCCCGAUCGAGUUCGAGCAAGGUGCCAACGCGAGAGGAGGAACCAGAGUCGGAAAACAUCCCCUCCGAGCUCGAGGCAGAAUGUGCUAAGGCUCGAGCAGUGUUGAAUGCAAACAUCGGUGCAUGUCUUGUAAAACUUGGUGAUUACAGCGGUGCAGUCGACUCAUGUACCCAGUCAUUGCUCGACGAUCCUCACUAUAUCAAGGCCCUGCAGCGGCGAGCAGCUUCUAACGAACACCUCGAUACAUGGUCGUCUUUGACACAAGCACAAGAAGAUUACAAGUCACUCCUGGAAUUGCUACCCCCUACAUCUCCUCAGGUGGCACAGACCAAGCGAAGCCUGCAGCUUCUUGAACCUCGACAACAAGCGGCUCAGAAGAAAGAAAUGGCCGAAAUGACGGACAAGCUGAAGAGCUUCGGCAAUAGUAUACUAGGCAACUUUGGAUUGUCCACUGACAACUUCAAGUUUGAACCAAAUGGGCAAGAAAGCACAUUAUCAAUGUAUCACGCCUGUAGACUGUAGACUGUUUUAUCCAGUGUGUCAAUCUUCGAUAUAAGUUGCGUUCUUAGAGA